UAGGCUGUUUGUGAUGAAACUGGUGCACUAUGGUCCCUUUUAAGACUUAUAAGUCGCUGGUCCAGCUGAAGCACAAAGAAGGGACCUUAUUUGAAGUGGUCGGAGACUCCAGCACGCUGCCCAAGUGGUUCUGUAUCGAGCAUCUGGAUGAUCCAAAGACAGUGUACGUGAAUCCUUGGUUCGUGGAAGCGAUAUUUGGCAAGGAUGGAGAGUACAUCCCACAUGUCGAGAGUAUGUCACGUACCUUGCUUCAAGUGACCCAUUGGCGUCCUGAAGAGGAUGCAGAGAUUUUGAUAUUCGGGCCUCCUUAUUACCAAGAUGAUGUUUCCCAGAUGAUCUCCAAUUUGGUUAAUUAUUUCCGCCCGCGAAUGAAACAAGAGAAGGACCUUUCUCAAGAGGAUGAGACCCAGUGUCUUCCUGUCGAGGUUCACGAGGCUGCCACCCGGCUGUCUCUCGUGGGGAAAGUCCAAGAGGCUGCCACCCAGCUGUCUUCCGUGGAGGUUGCUGAUGCUGCCACCCAGCUGUCUUCCGUGGAGGUUGCUGAUGCUGCCACCCAGCUGUCUCCUGUGGAGGUCCAAGAAGCUUCCACCCAGCUGUCUCUUGUGGAGGUCCAAGAGGCUUCCACCCAUCUGUCUCCCGUAGAGGUCCAUGAUGCUCUCUCCCAGCAGGCUCCCAUGGAGGCUGGUGAUGCUGCUACCCAGAUGGCGCCUGUGGAUGUUGCUGAGGCUGCAACCCAGCUGUCUCCAGUGGAGGUCCAUGAGGCUGGUACCCAGCAGGCUCCCGUGGAGGUCCAUGAGGCUGGUACCCAGCUGUCUCCCGUGGAGGUCCAUGAGGCUGGUACCCAGCUGUCUCCCGUGGAGGUCCAUGAGGCUGGUACCCAGCUGUCUCCCGUGGAGGUCCAUGAGGCUGGUACCCAGCUGUCUCCCGUGGAGGUCCAUGAGGCUGCCACCCAGCUGUCUUCCGUGGAGGUCCAUGAGGCUGGUACCCAGCUGUCUCCCGUGGAGGUCCAUGAGGCUGCUACUCAGCAGGCUCCCGUGGAGGUCCAUGAGGUUGCUACUCAGCAGGCUCCCGUGAAGGUCCAUGAGGCUGCCACCCAGCUGUCUCCCAUGGAGGCCCAUGAGGCUGCUACUCAGCAGGCUCCUGUGGAAGUCCAUGAGGCUGGUACCCAGCAGGCUCCCAUAGAGGUUGGUGAUGCUACUGAACAGCUGGCUCCUGUGACUGUCUAUGAAGCUGCCACCCAGCAGGCUCAUGUGGAGGCUAGUGAGGCUGCCGCUGAGCAGACCUCAGGGGCUGUUCAUCGGGAUGUCGUUCAGGAGGCUGCCACUCAGUAGCAUUCUGUAGAGGCCUCUGAGGCUCUGCCCUAGAAGUUUCCUGAGGUUGUUCUUGAAGGGGGGCGGACCCAGAGUUCUCCAGUGGAGAGCCUUGAGACUGGAACCUAGCAGUCUCUGGAUGUGUUAUGCCAGUAUUGAGCCUCCACAGGCUGCCUGGAAACCAGUUACCAGGUUAUAAGGGUGACUCACAUGUUGAACUAGAAUAAAUGUAGUACACAUCAGUAAUCCCACUCUCUGGAGGCAGGGGGCUCUUUAGUUCUAGGCUAGCCUGGGAUGAAUGAGGCAGUGAUCUUUAACCCCUGCCUAAGUUUCCAGACAUCAUGUUUGUUCUUUUUCAUCUUUGUUCUUUUUCACCUUUGAAGUUGGAAGAAUGGAAAAAGACUUUCUGUUUUCCCCUAGUGUUAAUGUUUGCA